AUGACGGACAAGCAGUCAAAACCUCGGAAGAGUGCAGAAGAAUUAUGGAAAUUCAGGAGAUUUGUGGGGCCAAGCCGCCAAAAAAAGAAAGGGGAAAACAGCACCCUAUUCAACAUGAACAUGGAUAUAAGGGAGGACAGGUGGCAGCGAAGAGCAGAUGGUCUGAAUGAGGCUCUCCAAAAUGAAAAUUGA